UUAAAAGCUUUCUUGUGAAGACACGGCAUUGAACCUUGAGGAUCAACAUCAUUUUACAAGAUCAACAACAUGGAUAAUGACACCUCCGACUAUGACCCAACCUGGACACCAAAUGACACAAACUGGACAAACGACUCAGAUGAGCUCUGCAGCCUCAGCCCCACCCCUGCACAGGUCCUCUCCCAAACCUACAUCCACUCCGUCAUCUGCGCCUUCGGGCUGAUCGGCAACGUUCUCGUGAUGAUCACCUACGGUUUCUACAAGAGGACCAAGACGAUGACGGAUGUUUAUCUGUUCAACGUGGCUGUGGCCGACCUGAUCUUCGUGGGGGCUUUGCCUCUCAUCGCCCACAAUGAGCUGAACGGGUGGCCCAUGGGGUCCGUGGCCUGUAAGAUGCUGCGCUCAGCCUACAGUAUCAACCUGUACAGCGGCAUGCUGCUGCUCGCCUGCAUCAGCGGCGAUCGAUACGUCGCCAUCGUUCAGGCCAGGCGCUCCUUUGGCUCUCGCUCAAGCGCUGUCAAGUACGGUCGCCUGAUCUGCUCAGCAGUUUGGGUGUUUGCUCUGUUCUUGACUCUGCCCACGCUCAUCUACACUAAGCUCUUUGACGAAUACGAUUUGAUGGAGGAGACUUCCGCCGUGACGUGCGAGCUCUCUUUCGAAGACAAAGCGACCGCAAAGCUAAUGAAGGUGAUGGUGCCGAGCCUGCAGAUGGCCGUCGGCUUCCUUCUGCCUCUGUUGGUCAUGGUUUUCUGCUACUCGUGCAUCAUAUGCACCUUGCUGAGAACCCACAGCCAACAGAGGCACAAGGCCAUCCGGGUGGUUUGGGCAGUGGUCGCGAUCUUCAUCGUGUGCCAUCUGCCCUACAACGUGGUCCUCCUGAUCCACACGUCGUCCCUUUUUACAGAGAGAAGCUGCGAGGCGGAAAAGACCAAGCUCAUGGUCCUGGCCACUUCCAGGAGUAUAGCCUACCUCCACUGCUGCCUCAAUCCCAUCCUCUAUGCGUUUAUCGGUGUGAAGUUCAGGAGCCACUUCAGGCAAAUAUUGUCUGACCUUUGGUGCUUUGGCAAAAAGUAUAUCUACACUGCUCGCUCGUCCGAGAUUUGCAUUUCUGGCCUGAAGACCUCGGAGGGAUCGAACAACAUGUCAUCCUUCAGCGCCUGACAGCCGUGCGGUCCUCAAGCGACCUCUCAUUUCUCAACUCCUGUUAGUUUAGUGCCGCUCCACAUGUGUCAACAUAAUCAAAAUAAUUAAUCCGUUUAUCCUAAAGUGAUUUUAUCUGAUUAUUUUGUGUAUGACAACGUCAUUUUAAACAAACAGACAGCCAACAU